UCUCUCGCGUCGCGCCGGCGUCGGUGGCGUCGGCGCGUCCCGCCGCCGGCCGCUGAGCCGCUGAGCUCGUCGAGCUCGUUCGCCUUCCCUCGUUUCAGUGGCGCGUUCGUUGCCUGGCGUCGGUCUACGCGGUUCACGCGAUGUCGUCGCGUUGUCAACCCGCGUGCUGGCUCGGUUCGCUGAUCUGCCUGCUUGUCGCCGUGUGCGUGGGUACGGCGACGCUACUGCGAGGAAGAGGCCGGCACGACAGUGUUGCAGACACCCUUCACGCAUUGCCGGCAGGCAGUUCAGCGGUCGUGCUUCCACAGAGGGUGACAUCAUCGGGACGCUUUCUUAGCCACGCGGUCCAUCACGAAGGACUCAAAGCCUUUGACAGACGACGGCGGCGCCGCAGACGAUCUGCCGACAACCCGGAGUUGGAAUCCGGACUCCACUUUCGUCUGCCUCUGCCGGGUUCGGAAACAGACCUAUUACUUCGAUUGGAUCGAAAUGAUAAUCUUCUGGCUCCGGGCUUUGUGCUCGAACACCGUCUCGGCUACGAAUUGGAUCCUGUCGGCUACACCACGAGAAACCUGACUCGUGUCUCGGACCCGGGUUGCUACUACAGGGGAUCUCUACGAAACGGAAAUGGAUCUGCAGCCUUGUCAACGUGCAAAGGACUGGCUGGUUUUGUGCGGACCGACCGGGAAGAUUACCUGGUGGAGCCAUUGGCUCCUGCUCAAGGUCACGGGCCACAGCCGCAUCUAGUCUACAAACGUUCAGCGCUACUGGACAAUCCGCCCGGAGGGCACAUUGGGGAGGACCACUUCUGCGCCACACAGGGCACGGCUCCACAUCCUAGUGUUGUACCUGAUGCACCCUCUGGUGGCGGCCCUCGAGUGAAGCGGUCGGUUAGUCUGGAGCGCAAUGUGGAGACACUGCUGGUGGCUGAUCGCACUAUGGUGGAGUACUACUCCAACGAAGACUUGCAGACCUAUCUGCUCACCGUUCUCAACAUGGUGUCGACACUAUUCCACGACGCGAGCAUCGGAAACGCCAUCAAUGUGGUCCUGGUCAGGAUGAUCCUGCUUGAGCCAGAGGCUGCUCAGGAGGGUCAAGUUCCACCAGCGGAGGAUAUCGACCAACUUCAGGUGGACGAGUCAGCGGACGGGACGCUAAAGAGCUUUUGCCGGUGGCAGCGGUUCGUGAACCCGUCCGACGAGAGUCACCCGAAUCACCACGACCUAGCCAUUCUUGUCACCAGGUUCAACAUGUGUGCUCCAGGCCUAGAGCUCUGCUCCACGCUGGGAUUGGCUGAGGUGGCCGGCAUGUGCCAGCCACAGCGGAGCUGCAACGUCAACCAGGACUCCGGCCUCACCCUUGCCUACACCAUCGCCCACGAGAUGGGACACAAUUUUGGGAUGAGCCACGAUGGUCCGCACAACGGCUGCCAGGCACCGGCCGGUCUCCGCCAGCACGUGAUGGCCCCUCACCUGAGCUCGGACCCGUCGCCGCUGGUUUGGUCCAAUUGCAGCCGUGAGGAGAUCACCAGGUUUCUUGAUCGCGACUGGGGCAGUUGCCUGGAUGACGAACCGCGAGCGCACCAGUUCACAUUCCCCCUGCUUCCACCGGGAGCAAUGUACGACGCCGACCACCAGUGCAGACUGCAGUACGGCCCCGCUGCAGAGCACUGCGAUGGCAUUGAGGAAGUGUGCCGGACGCUGUGGUGCCGCCUGGGGAGCAAGUGCGUCACCAAGAUGGAGCCUGCUGCUCAGGGGACCGUCUGCGACAAGAACAAGUGGUGCUACCUGGGCGAGUGCACUGAGAUGGGCGAGCGGCCGGAAGCCAUCGACGGACACUGGGGCCCCUGGUCCAACUGGUCCGAUUGCUCGCGUAGCUGUGGAGCAGGCGUCAUGUCCUCGGAGCGGCACUGUGACCACCCUAGGCCAGCAUAUGGGGGCCGCUACUGCAUCGGCGAGAGGAAGCGCUACCGAAUGUGCAACACGCAGAGCUGUGCUGAAGAUGCCCCCAGUUUCCGUGCUGUACAGUGCAGCCAGUUCAACAAUGUGCCUUACAAGGGUGAACUGUUCAACUGGUCUCCAGUAUCCAGUCCUGCUACCCCUUGUCAGCUCCACUGUAAGCCAGAUGGCAAGUUCUUCUCACUGAUGCUGAAGGAGUCUGUGACGGACGGAACACCAUGCAGCCCUGGGGCAAGAGAUGUGUGCAUCAAUGGAAAGUGCAGGAGGGUGUCAUGUGACUGGGGCAUCGAGACCAGUGCCCAGGAGGACCGUUGUGGCAUCUGCCAUGGGGACGGCACGCGCUGCAUCACUGUCCGCAAGGAGUUCACCCAGAAAGAGGGCCUCGGUUACACAGAGAUUGGGCGCAUCCCACGCGGUGCCCGCAACCUGAGGGUGGAGGAGCUGGCUUCGUCCAGCAACUAUUUGGCGGUGCAGGGAGCGUCGGACGGGGAGUUCUUCCUCAAUGGCGACUGGUUCGUGCAAUGGAGCGGGGAGUAUGCUGCCGCCGGAACCACCCUUUUCUACCAGCGGCAGGGCGAGAAGGACUUGCUGCACGCACCGGGGCCCACCAAGCAGGAGCUGGUCCUUUACUUGCUGUUCCAGUCGGAAAACCCUGGGUUGAAGUACGAGUACACGGUGCCGGAGCUGAACGCGAGCCGCCGUCCGGAGUUCCACUGGCGCUGGUCCGACUGGAGUCCGUGCACGGUGACGUGUGGCGGCGGCGCCCAGGAGUCGCCCCCCAAGUGCGUGGAGAAGGAGGCGGGCCUGGUGGAGGACACUUAUUGCGAGGGUGUGAGCCCGCCGAGACCAGCUACACGACGCCGCCCCUGCAGUCGUCAACCCUGCCCUGCACGCUGGUGGACAGGUCCGUGGCAGCCUUGUUCGGCCACAUGCGGUGGUCUCCGUCGCCACACCGUGCUGUGUGUGCGUUCGCGUGGCAAGGCAGACCAACUGGCGCUGAAUCAGGAGGCUUGCGACCCCUCUACCAGACCGGCCGACACCGAACCCUGUCCAGACGAUGCGAGGUGCCACACCGUGCAUGGCAACACCACUACGCCUGGUCCGGCGAUCACCUGCAGCACCGGUGAUCAAUCCAACGAAUGCACCUCCCCGCAGUCAACCCCCUCGCCCACAUCUUUGCCUCCUUCCUCAACUGCGUGCGAGAGCAAUUCAACUUGUGCCCCGGAUCCGUCCAAGCCCACAGAAGUCCCGCCACGUCCGACCGAGAGCGCACUGGACAUCCAGACCAACGUGGUGCUGGACGUUCCUCUGGGCGACGCUCCCGGCGACUUCUGGAACCUCUCGGGGAUCUCCGGGCUCCCCGAGAUCCUCCACCUCCCGGUGCCACGAAAGACGGUGGUCCUUGAAGACGCCCGUUAUGCCUGGCGAGCGUCCAAGUGGUCUAAGUGCUCACGUGGCUGCGGCGGCGGUGAACGACGGCGGCGGGUGAAGUGCGUGGACAAGGUGACUCAGCGCGAGGUCCCCCAGGAAUCGUGCUACCUGCACACACAGCACCUCAAGCCUCCCGAGAGAUCCGCGUGCAACUUGGACCUCUGUCUGGCCUGGACCUCCUACGACUGGUCAAAGUGCUCCGCGAGGUGUGGCCCCGGCAACAAGCAUCGGGAGGUGAGCUGCCCCAUCCGCGAUCGCUGCGACCCGUCCCGGCGACCCGCCAACAUGACCACCUGCAACCGGGGGCCCUGUCCCACGGAAGCCACGCCCCAGCCAUCUUCCGCCUCGACCGAACUUCAGAACCACCCGUGACGUCCGUCUCGACGCGGCGGAGUGAUCGUCCCGGAGUGCGUGCCUUAGGGACAGCGUGUGCGAGAAGCCCUCCACUAUACUCUGUUCACCUCCAAGCUAGUGCGCCAGGAGCUGCGUGCUCGCCGGAACAAUCAGCCGCCUCCCUUUCCUCACCUGACCCCGAUCUCUACCAAAGAGAGCCUUAGAGCUGAAUUUACAUACGUCACUAAAGAAGGCGACCGUAGGGCACAGAUCGGAGACGGCUGCUGGGUCAGCGUUCGGCUGGAACUCGCGCUUAAUCAGUGAGAAGUCGAUGUCUCGGCUGAGUGUUCACGCACCAGUCAUUUGUGAUCUGUGCACUAAGGAGGCCUUCUUUAGUGACACAGGAAAAUUCGGCACUAUAAGGCUUUCUUAUGUAGAAGGUGUUGUCCCUAUGCGGGGGUAUGGGCAGGGGUGCAAUUACAUGCCGAAAGGUAAACGCUUGACUGGUUCAACGAGCACGUAGCUUCUGCCACACUAUCACCUUGGCAGUGGAGGGGGUACACCAGCGAUGCCUCCUCAGAGCGCGCUUGGGGAAGAAACCGGUAUCUGCAACAAAAAUGGCAAAUGGCCUUGGCCACCUCUGGUGCUUGAAGCACCACGCAGCGAUCUAGUGGUAGCGGGGAGAACCAGUGGCAUGCCUUAUUGAUGCCUUGUUUCGUCUUAAACUGAGCCCUCGGAGGGGAAUGAGAGCAUGAGCAGGUAGCUUUGAGCAGAGCCGUCUUUUGGGAGAGUUUGGCCAGUCUAUGAUCUCGCCGCCGUAACGACCCCAUCCCGAGUGAGCCAAUCAGCCCACAGCGCAGAGCUAGAGGCGUGAGUGCAUGCGCGUGAACUCCCGGCUGCUCCCAGCUGAGCGGGGAGGGACGCCAUUUUCAUUCAUUCGCCCGGUGCAAUGCAUGGGAUCGACAUCCAAAUUCUGGUUCCUUCCUAUUAUUUGGCAGGCUCUGGCAAGAAAAUGAUAGUGUUAUUUGUCGGUGGCUUGAGAAGCUAACGAAUGAAGCUUCUUCACGUUUGAACACAAACUUUGAUUCAGGCAAAAAAGAAAUAAGCCCAAAGCAGAUGACGCAUAGCCUCAACAGUGCUCUGCGCCGACGGCGUUGCGUCAAAAUGGCGGUCGUCUCCUCUUUGCUCCCUCAUUUCUUCGUCGCUCCUUCGGCGCUCUCCUCUCUUUGCUUCACUUUUCUCCUCUCCAGUGCCUUCAUCACCUUACCCACUGGCCAGACUCUCAAUAUGUGGCUCUGGCUUUGAUAAAUACUUUUCUCUUAUAUGUGCUCUCUUGAGCAGCAGAGUGGCUUCUUAAAGCUAUGAGCUUGCACUUGUAACCUUUUGCUGUGUGCUCACUUUAUAGCUGGUCUUGACAAGGUGUCCAGCACUUAUGCAGCAUGAUAAUAGAAAGUCUACCAUGUAGUUUUCUUUCAGUUCUUAAUUUUUUUACUUUAAUGUUCAAUGUUGGAAAUGGAGGCCCCUAGUUCUGCCAUGUUGCCAUUUGAGUGCUACCUAGCGCUGCAGGCUUUCGGAGGUUUGAGCCGCGAGAUUGAGCUGCCACAGGUUUCGGGCAGUUCAUGGCUUGUCUUUUUUCGAGGAUUCUGUUAGAUAAAAAAAGAAAAUUGUAGGUUAUUCGCCUGCAUCGCAUUCGAUUUGCCCGAAAUCCACAGAGCAGUGCAAGGAGUGAAGGAUGAGGUCAUCCCUGUUUGCAAACUAGGAUUGUGUAUCACAUUGUCAAACAUUCGACAGUCCAUGUCAGCAAUAUACUAAGCCGAGGUUGGCUGUACACGGCACUAACUCAUUCAAUACCAGUGAAGAAAGAAGUCAGCUCACCAAACUGGCGCUGGCAUAUCAGCCUUCCUAUAUACACUUCUUAAGCAUGUGUGCAAUUGUUGUGUGCUUUUCGUUUUCCUUUUAAGCUUCCCCCACCCUCAGGUCAAUUGUGGGUCGGUUUUCUUUUAUCCCUUGUCAUUUGAUUAACUCAUUUUUUUUAUUGUUUUUUUUACCCUUACUGACCAAAACCAAACUAUGCCAAAUACUAUGGUGCCCGUGGCUUUUCAUGCGGGUACGAUGUAUGUAAUGCAACAACUGCGGCGUUUGUCCUAAGGUGCCUUUGUGGGAAGAGGAUGGGCUGCCAUUGUAAUGUCCCUUUUGAUAUUAUUACCAAGCGGAAAUGUGUCUUGCCCCUUGCCCCCACCCCACCAAUAAGAGUCACAAUUAAGUGAGCGGUAUGAUGCAUAGGCCGACGUGUAGUGGUUAAUACUCCCCGUGUAUAUUUAUAAAAGUGAUAGUUACCUAGUU